AACCUUGGACCCACAGCUUCCCAAAUUAAAGAGUUUGCAGACUUAUCAGCCUUUUAACCUGCAGCAGUGUCUCUGCUAUGUUUGAGGGGUUUGCUUUGGAUGGUGAAAGCUAGCAUACCACACAAGACAUGACAGCAAAAAAUUCUUCAAAGGAACUUACUGCUUCUGACUCUGAGGUUUGCAUUAAGACUUUCAAGGAGCAAAUGCACUUAGAACUUGAGCUGCCGAGGCUACCGGGGAACAGACCUACAUCUCCCAAAAUUUCUCCACGCAGUUCACCAAGGAACUCACCAUGCUUUUUCAGAAAGUUGCUGGUGAAUAAAAGCAUUCGGCAGCGUCGUCGCUUCACUGUGGCUCAUACAUGCUUUGAUGUGGAAAAUGGCCCUUCCCCAGGUCGGAGCCCACUGGACCCCCAGGCCAGCUCUUCCUCUGGGCUGGUGCUUCAUGCCACCUUUCCUGGUCACAGCCAGCGCAGAGAGUCCUUUCUGUACAGAUCAGACAGCGACUAUGACUUGUCACCAAAGGCGAUGUCAAGAAACUCAUCACUUCCAAGCGAGCAACAUGGCGAUGACUUGAUCGUCACUCCCUUUGCCCAGGUUCUUGCCAGCUUGCGAAGUGUGAGAAAUAACUUCACUCUCCUGACAAACCAAAGCUGUGUUGGGAUGGUUCUAAUGGGUCCUGUCUACUUCCCUUCCACGCCUAACUACAUGUCUGUGUGUUUGUUUGCAGAAGAAUCUUAUCAAAAAUUAGCAAUGGAAACGCUGGAGGAACUAGACUGGUGCUUAGACCAGCUAGAGACCAUACAGACCUACCGCUCUGUCAGUGAGAUGGCUUCUAACAAGUUCAAAAGAAUGCUGAACCGGGAGCUGACACACCUCUCAGAGAUGAGCCGAUCCGGGAACCAGGUGUCUGAAUACAUUUCAAAUACUUUCUUAGACAAACAGAAUGAUGUGGAGAUCCCAUCUCCCACCCAGAAAGACAGAGAGAAGAAGAAGAAGCAGCAGCUCAUGACCCAGAUAAGUGGAGUGAAGAAACUGAUGCACAGUUCAAGUUUAAACAACACAAGCAUUUCCCGCUUUGGAGUCAACACUGAGAAUGAAGAUCACCUGGCCAAGGAACUGGAAGACCUGAACAAAUGGGGCCUUAACAUUUUCAAUGUGGCUGGAUACUCACACAAUCGGCCCCUAACAUGCAUCAUGUAUGCCAUAUUUCAGGAAAGAGACCUCCUGAAGACAUUCAAAAUUUCAUCUGACACAUUUGUAACCUACAUGAUGACUUUGGAGGACCAUUACCAUUCUGACGUGGCAUAUCAUAACAGCCUGCACGCUGCCGAUGUAGCACAGUCAACCCAUGUUCUUCUUUCUACACCAGCAUUAGAUGCCGUCUUCACAGAUUUGGAAAUCCUGGCUGCCAUUUUUGCGGCUGCCAUCCACGACGUUGAUCAUCCUGGAGUCUCCAAUCAGUUUCUCAUCAACACAAAUUCAGAACUGGCUUUGAUGUACAAUGAUGAGUCUGUGUUGGAAAACCAUCACCUGGCUGUGGGUUUCAAACUGCUCCAAGAAGAGCACUGUGACAUCUUCCAGAAUCUCACCAAGAAGCAACGUCAGACACUCAGGAAAAUGGUCAUUGACAUGGUUUUAGCAACUGAUAUGUCCAAACACAUGAGCCUGCUGGCCGACCUGAAAACAAUGGUAGAAACAAAGAAAGUUACAAGCUCAGGCGUUCUCCUCUUGGACAACUAUACUGAUCGUAUACAGGUCCUUCGCAACAUGGUACACUGUGCAGACCUGAGCAACCCCACCAAGUCCUUGGAAUUGUAUCGACAAUGGACAGACCGCAUCAUGGAGGAAUUUUUCCAACAGGGAGACAAGGAACGAGAGAGAGGAAUGGAGAUUAGCCCAAUGUGUGAUAAACACACAGCUUCUGUGGAAAAAUCCCAGGUUGGGUUCAUUGACUACAUUGUCCAUCCACUGUGGGAGACCUGGGCAGAUCUGGUACAACCCGAUGCUCAGGACAUUCUGGACACAUUAGAAGAUAACAGGAACUGGUAUCAGAGCAUGAUACCCCAGAGUCCCUCCCCACCACUGGAUGAGAGAAACAGAGACUGCCAGGGUCUGAUGGAGAAGUUUCAAUUUGAACUGACCCUUGAAGAGGAGGAUUCUGAAGGACCUGAAAAGGAGGGAGAGGGCCACAACUAUUUCAGCAGUACAAAGACACUUUGUGUCAUCGAUCCAGAAAAUAGGGAUUCACUGGGAGAGACUGAUGUAGACAUUGUGACAGAAGACAAGUCUCCGAUUGACACAUAAUCUCCCUGCCCGUGUGGAGAUGAACAUUCUACCCUUGACAAGCAUGCCAGCUGUGUGGUAGGACCAGCCCAUCAUCAGGGCAAGGCUUGCACAGGACAAAGGUCACCUGACCUUUCCAGUUACUUGAGUUUGGAGCCAGAAUGCAAGGCCAUGAAGCAAACAGCAGCUCAGGAAUCCCGUGGGUGACUUGCCUGGCCUGCACGCUUGGUGGAGAGCUGAAGCUCUAUGUGGUAGUGAAGGCCAGUUCCCAUCUCGACUCAAUGGCUUGAAAAUGGAAGACACAAAACUGAGAGAUUUCUCUGCACUAAGUUUCGGGACCUGUCCCGACAAGUGACUGAACUCACUGACUAAUACCUUCAUUUAUAAAUCUGCUCACCUGUCCCUUUGUCUGCCAACCUGUGUGCCUUUUUUGUAAAACAUUUUCAUGUCUUUAAAAUGCCUGUUGAAUACCUAGAGUUUAGUACCGACUUCUCCACAGAUAAGUGUUCAAAGUUGACAUAUACUUUUUUGACUCUUUCUGGAAAAAAAAAAAAAAAGAAAAAAAAGGAAAGAAAAUAGUCUUCCUUCUUUCUUGGGCAAUAUCUUUUGCUUUACUGCAGUUCACUUUUGCAAACAGACAGGAAGGACACGGCUCUGACCACGUUCUUCCUUCCCCUGUUGUCUAGUCCAACUCCACAGUGGCCCUUGUAACCCAGCUCUGUUUGCCUGCUUCUAACAGUAGUUUUUUCUCUGGGGUCUCACUGUUUUGCUCUAAACAGAAUAGCAUAGAACAAAAUAGGGGAUGGGAAGGGGUGGCUGUAUUGUUCACCAUGUCAGCCUGCAUAGCACUCAGCUUAAUAAGGCGGUGUGCCCGUGUGUCCUGGAGCCUCUGUGCCUCUGCAGAUUGCACAGUCCCGUCCUCUUCUCUUCCUCCUCCCUUCACUCCAUGAUGCCGUUCUCCAUUUAACGCCGCCAUCUUGCUCUUGCACUGCCUUCUGCACUAACACCUCCAUUCCUGUUUAUAACCAUGUAUUUAUUACUUAAUGUAUAUACUGUAAUGUUUUGUAAGUUAUUAAUUUAUAUAUCUAACAUUGCCUGCCAAUGGUGGUGUUAAAUUUGUGUAGAAAACUCUGCCUAAGAGUUGCGACUUUUUCUUGUUACGUUUUGUAUUGUGUACUAUAUAACCCAAACAUGGCUUAAGAGAGACACAGGCCCCUCUGCAGAGAGCACAGGGAUGGGCCUUUGCUAGGAGGGCCUGCCUCUCCCUGUCUGAGUUGCUAAUACUGCACAGCCCCUUUAUGAACCGGUUUUGCAAACAGGAUUCUCACAUUCGAUACUAAAAGGUUUAUACUGAGCUUUUAUUUUGUAUAGUUUGAUAGGGGUAGGGGGCAAUGGGAUGUAGUUUUUACCCAUGUUCUAUCCAAGUCUGUGUAUGCAUGAGUUGGGUUAUAACCGGUUUCUACUAUAAUUGUGGCUUCGGUUCAAAAAGCAACACUACAUUUGCUCACAGACGAUUCUUCUAGGUAUUCCCAAACUACUGACUUUGAAGAGCUAGCCUCCUACCUGCCACUAAGCAGGAAUGUCAUGUUCCAAUUCAUUAUGAAAGAAAACGAUAAAACAAUGUGAAUUUUUAUAAUAAAAUGUGAACUGAUGUAGUAAAUUAUGCGAAUGUGAAGCUUCUUCUGAUAACACUUGUUAGCCUCUUCCUGGUGUCAGUUUCAGUUUGUAAAAUACAUUUCAUGCUUCGGUUCAGCCUUGUGACUCAGUAGUUAAAAAAAAAAAGUGGCACAAAUGUGCAUGACCAAUGGGUUUGUAUGUCUAUAAACACUGCAUUGUUUCAGGUGGACAUUUUAUUGUUUUCAAGUUUCUCACAAUGUAUGUUAUAGUAAUAUUAUUAUUAUAUAUUGUGCUCAAAUGCAUUCCUAAGAGACUUUUAUAUGAGGUGAAUAAACAAAAGCAUGAUUAGAUUAGA